UUCAAAUCACACAUACUUGGCAGUCCUACAAUUGUUUCAAUGGAUCCAGAGCUUAAUAGAUACAUAUUGUUGAAUGAAUCAAAAGGUCUUGUUCCUGGAUACCCUCAAUCUAUGUUAGAUAUCUUAGGAAAAUGUAAUAUUGCAGCUGUUCAUGGCUCCACUCACAAGUACAUGAGAGGAGCACUUCUUUCCAUCAUUAGCCCUACCAUGAUUAGAGAUCAGAUUUUGCCUAAACUUGAUGAGUUUAUGAGUGCUCAAUUAAGCAAUUGGGAUGACAAAAUCAUCGACAUUCAAGAAAAAACUAAAGAGAUGGUCUUCCUCUUAUCUUUGAAGCAAAUUGCAAGUAUAAAAUCAAGCUCAACAAUAGCUGAUUCUUUCAAGACAGAGUAUUUUAACCUUGUUUUAGGAACAAUUUCUCUACCUAUUAACCUUCCUGGCACAAAUUACCACCGUGGAUUUCAGGCAAGAAAGAAUAUAGUCAGCAUUUUGAGUCAACUAUUAAAGGAAAGAAGAGCAUCCAAUGAAACUCACAAAGACAUGCUUGGUUAUUUGAUGGAAAGAGAAGAAAAUAAGUACAAACUAAGUGAUGAAGAAAUCAUUGAUCAAGUGAUUACACUUAUGUAUUCUGGUUAUGAAACUGUUUCAACCACAUCAAUGAUGGCUGUGAAGUACCUCCAUGACCAUCCCAAAGCUCUUGAAGAACUAAGAAAAGAGCAUUUGGCCAUAAGAGAGAGGAAAAAACCAAAUGAACCAAUUGAUUCCAAUGAUCUCAAAUCAAUGAAGUUUACUCGUGCGGUUAUUUUUGAGACAACUAGAUUGGCCACAAUAGUUAAUGGAGUUCUAAGGAAAACCACUCAAGAUAUGGAACUAAAUGGCUAUUUGAUUCCUAAAGGGUGGAGAAUAUAUGUGUAUACAAGAGAGAUAAAUUAUGACCCUUUUUUGUAUCCUGAUCCAUUGACAUUCAAUCCAUGGAGAUGGAUGGAUAAGAGUUUGGAAUCACAAAAUUACAUCUUGAUAUUUGGAAGUGGCACUAGACUUUGUCCAGGAAAAGAGUUGGGAAUCACUGAAAUUUCAACUUUCUUGCACCACCUUGUAACUAGAUAUAGGUGGGAAGAAGUAGGAGGAAAUAAACUAAUGAAAUUUCCUAGGGUUCAGGCACCAAAUGGAUUGCACAUGAGAUUUUCAUCUUUCUAA